AUGGAGGAAACCCUGGGCCUACAGGACCUCGAAUUGAUGAUGCACUGGUGUACAACGACAUAUCGCUCCAUGGCCAAGGAUCGCGCCACCGAGACUCUGUGGCAAACAGUCAUCCCUCGAUUGUCGCUAGAAUUUCCCUCUCUUCGACAUGGACUACUGGCCUUAUCAGCAUUGCAGUUAUCCGGGGCAUCCGCAAGCCCGGAACGCAAAUGGCAAUAUUUACUUGCGGCGCGCGAACAUCAAAGCCAAGCUUUAGUAGACAUCCAUCUCGACACAACACAAGAGCUUACAGACGCCCAGUGUGAUGCCCAUUUUGCUCUGUGCAGUGUCAUGACCGUGUUCUCUUUUGCGUAUUGUCUGAUAGACGAUGGACUGGAAGAAGAUGACGAACCGCCUGAGAUCCUCGAUGAAUUUCUGGAGGUAUUCCAGCUCACUCGGUGGCUCAUAAGUGCCAUGGUGUUAUCCUUGGACCGUGUGGGCACUGGCGAGCUUCAUUCGUUGGCUCACCCUCAACAAAGACGGCCUAGGUUGCCGAAUAUGUCUCAAUUGGUUAUUCUAGCCCUGCGACGGUAUAAUGAAAGUGAAGCCUUGCAGGACUUCACUCAGGAGAAAGAGACAUAUGCCGAGACGAUUAACCACCUGGACACCUUCCUCGAGCAAUUGAUGAGUGGGAGCGAGCCCAAGGAUUUUGCCUUUUGCUGGACCUUUUACAUCCCCGUUCGCUUUCCAGAACUGGUUCGCGAGCGGAAGCCGUUUGCUCUCGUUAUUCUUGCCCACUUUGCCGUUAUACUGCACCAUCUGCGAGAGACAUGGUGGAUGGGAGACUGGGCCACCCGCAUACUGAAAGAGGUCGUGAAUGAGCUGGACGCUGAAUGGCAUGAUCUGCUUAGCUGGCCAGCAGAUGCUAUGGGAUGGUCUUUGCCGAAAAUGAAAGCUUAA